CUAUUGGUGACGAAUUCUACUAAAAUCAAACAUAUGGUUUUCGGUUUAAUUUUUUUUCACUUAACAUUUUUUUUGAUUCUCUUCAUUUAAUUUAAUUGUUAUUGUUUGCUUUUGAUUUAAAAGCUAUGUUUAAAUUGUUGCAAAUCCAAAGAUCUUGUGGUUGUAAACAUAGUUUGUUAACUUUAACCAAUCUAAUCAAAUCACGUGGAGCUAUGAUUUCAACUGGACCAUCCGGAAUUAUGUCAUCAUUUAAAGCUGGUCAACAAAUACAUGGUUAUACUUUGAAAAAGAUUGAAGAUGUACCCGAAUUAUUGGCCAAGGCUUACUUUUUAAUCCAUGAUAAAACUAAAGCUCAACAUUUACACUUAUGGAGAGAAGACAAUAACAAUCUACUUGGAAUUGCUUUUAGAACAACUCCUUCCAACAAUACUGGUGUUCCUCAUGUUCUUGAACAUCUUGUUACCAUGGGCUCGUUGAAUUAUCCAUGUCGUGAGAUAUUCAUGAAAAUGACCUCACGUUCACUGUCAACUUACAUGAACGCUUUCACUGGACCCGAUUAUACAUGUUACCCUUUUUCAACCACCAAUCCAAAAGAUAUGGAAAAUUUAUCAAAGGUUUACCUUGAUUUCGUUUUCAAUCCAACUCUUAAAGAGAUUGAUUUCCGUCAGGAAGCCUGGAGAUUGGAACAUGCUGAUGUUGACAACAAGGAAUCACCAAUCAAAUUUAAAGGUGUCGUUUUGAAUGAAAUGAAAGGAACUCAUUCAAACAAUUCAACUCUCUAUUAUCGAUCAAUCCUACAAGCCGUUUUUCCCGAUGUCGUUUAUCAAUAUGACUUUGGAGGUGAUCCAUUAGAUAUUCCCAGAUUAACUCAUAAAGAGAUGACAGAGUUUUAUUAUAAAUAUUAUCAUCCAAGUAAUGCCAGAUUUUUUAGUUAUGGUGAUUUACCUUUGGAAAAACAUCUCAAAUUGAUUGAUGAAAAUAUUUUAUCCAAAAUUGAUCAUAAUCCAAAUGUCAGAGAGAUUUCUAAAGUGUCCGAUCAAGAGAAGUGGAAAAGUCCAAAAGAAAUUGUCACCAAAUGUCGACCUGAUCCAAUGACCCCUUUCCCGGAUAAGCAAACAACCGCUAGUCUUACUUAUCUUCUCUGUGGUAUCGAUGAUAACUACGAAUCUUUUGUACUUUCUAUCAUUGGGAAUCUUUUAACAUCCGGCCAAAAUGCUCCCUUCUAUGAAUCUCUCAUCAGAUCUAAUUUAGGAAUGGACUAUUCGUCUGGAACUGGUUUCUGGGAUUUCACCAAACAAACUCUUUUCUCAGUUGGUCUACAAGGAAUUCAUGUUAACGAUUCUGAGAAAGUGAGAAAAGUCAUCUUGGAAACUUUUACUCAAGUUGCAAAUGAAGGUUUCCCUCAGGAAAGGAUUGAUGCUCUUCUUCAUUCAAUUGAACUUUCAUUGAAACAUCAACCUGCUGAUUUUGGUUUACGCCUGUUAAUGGCUAUUCAGGCAACUUGGAAUCAUGAUGGAGAUCCAGUUGGUGUUCUGAGAAUCAAUGAGAACAUUGAACGAUUUAAAAAAGAUCUCUCACAAAAUCCAAACUUCUUGAAGGAUAAAGUGAGAAAAUAUUUCCUCGACAACACCCAUAAUCUAUUCUACAUUAUGACUGCAUCAGAAGAUUUUCUGAAAGAAUAUACUGAAAAAGAAAACGCCUUACUAGAAGAAGCAUUAGAUAAUUUGUCACCCGAGAAAGAGAAAGUUUACCAAAAUGGAAUAGAAUUGAAAGAUUAUGUUGAAAACAUGGACGCGUCAUGUUUACCCUGUUUAGAUGUAAACACUGAUAUUCCUCGAGAAAUGGUUACUACCAAUCUGAAUAACACCCAGAUUUCAUCAAUUCCUGUUCAAAUCUCACCACAGCCGACAAAUACAGUUAUCUAUUUCCGAUCAAUCAUCCCACUUGCUGAAUCAGAUAUACCAGCUGAUCUGAAACCAUAUUGGCCCAUUUUCUGUGAACUAAUUACCAAAUUGGGUGCAGGCUCUCGGGAUCAUAAACAAAUGGAUCAAGAGAUUAAGAUGAGAACCGGAGGAUUAGUAGCUCGAUCUCAUCUCAGUGAGAGUAUUGAUACACUUAAUGAAUAUAACACUGGUGUCCUCUUGUAUUCUCACUGUUUAGAAAGAAAUUUAGAUCAUAUGUUAAAACUGUGGUCUGAUAUUAUGAAUCACAUUCGUUAUGAUGAAGAUGAACAUUUACAACAAUUAGUUAAAAUGAUGGCUUCCGAAGGAGCAGAAAAUUUAGCUCAUGGUGGUCACUCUUUCGCUAUGGUUCGAGCAGCUUCAUCGCUUAAAAGUUCAGGCGCUUUUCGUGAAAUUUGCUCCGGUUUAUCACAUAUUGUUUUCCUUAAAAAGUUGGCUGAAAAGGAUGAUAUCAAUGAUCUCAGAGAGAAACUUAUUUCUCUGGGUAAACUUGUCUUCUGUAAAGACGCGAUGAAAAUUUCAAUUAACGCUGAACCUUCAAUUAUUGAUAAUUCAUUGGUUCAUUUGGAAAGUUUCAUCAAUCAAUUACCACCCGGUGGAUCACCAGGUCUUAAUAGAUCGAGUGAAAUUAAAUAUCCAAUCGAGAAGGAAUUGAAAAAAGAGCAUUUUGUAUUCCCAUUUAAUACCAAUUUCGUCGCCAAAUCAGUUUUAACGAUUCCAUAUGAUCAUAUCGAUCAUCCUAAACUACGAAUUAUGGCCUCACUUAUAACAUCCAAAUAUGUUCGUGAAGAGAUUCGUGAGAAAGGCGGUGCCUAUGGAGCUGGAGCGUCGAUCAAUCAAGGAGGAAUACUUUCUUAUUAUUCUUAUCGUGAUCCAAAUGUUACUCGAACUGUAAAAGUAUUCGAUGAAUCUCUGGAAUGGAUUAAAACGAACGAUCUAGUUAAUCAACAAUCACUUGACGAAGCUAAAUUGUCGGUUUUCCAAUCAAUAGAUAAACCAGUUACUCCAGGUAGUCAAGGUACUAGAAUUUUUCUCGACGGUGUUUCCGAUGAAAUGUUUCACAAAUAUCGACUUCGAUUACUUGAUGUUACCCUUGAUGAUGUUCGAGAAGUGGCUCAAAAGUAUCUCGGACCCGAAGCACAUCAAAGAUACGCCGUUGUUGGACCUAAAAAUGAUGAACUUAACGAAGACAAUGGUUGGAAAGUAAUCACUAACGCCGACACAAUCAUUUAAAAUCCAACUAAUUAAAUCCCUAUUAUCAUAUAAUGCUAAUAAUAACAUUGAAUCAAUAUAUACACAAACACACUUAUAUAAAUAUAAAUAUUAAUUGUACUA